GUACAUCAGCAGAAACGUCAACGGAGGAAUAAAUACCCCCGGAGGGGAAAAAACCCAAAAAAGGAACCGGACACGAAUCUAUCUCUAUUCGCAUCCAAGCUUUUGCUCCGGAUCUGAAAGCUAAUCGGAAGAUUUCGACAUCUGCGAUCCUCUGCAUCAUCUAGAUCCGGAUGAGAUAAUUCUUUUGGAUUGAGGAAAACCGAAACUUCUGAGAUCUUCGGGCGAUUUGGAAGAGCCAUCAAAAAGGCAUCUUUUGAUAGGAUUUGGAACGAUGGCGGACGGUACGACGAGGCAGUACGUGAAGCUGAUUAAGGAUCAAGAGGCGCCCAUGGAGGAGAUUCAACCCGGAGAGCUUAAUCAACCCAUCCGGGUCCCCCAGUUGGAGGUUCGUCGAUGCACGGAGUGUGGACAAGCGCUUCCGGAAAGCUACGAGCCCCCGGCUGAUGAAGCUUGGACGACUGGAAUUUUUGGGUGUUUUGAAGAUAUGGAAAGCUGCUGGACUGGCUUGUUCUGUCCUUGUGUGUUGUUUGGUCAUAAUGUCGAGAAGAUUCAAGAAGAAAUCCCAUGGAAAAAUGCAUGUAUAUGUCAUGCAAUCUGUGUUGAAGGUGGCAUUGCUCUGGCAGCUGCUACAGCAGUGUUUCAUGGCAUUGACCCAGAGACAUCAUUUUUGAUUGGAGAAGGAUUAUUAUUUGCUUGGUGGAUGUGUGGUAUCUACACUGGCCUUUUUCGCCAAUCACUGCAGAAGAAAUACCAUCUCAAGAACUCUCCUUGUGACCCAUGCAUGGUGCAUUGCUGCAUGCAUUGGUGUGCCAACUGCCAAGAGCACCGAGAAAUGAAAGGUCGCCUCUCUGAUAAUACUACGAUGCAAAUGACCAUCAUUAACCCACCCGAAGUGCAGGAAAUGAAUGCAAAUGAGAAUAAGGAGACAGCAAGCUCUGAGAAUGGUGUUCAGAACCAGCAUGCCAGCUUGGAGAUCCAGGCUGUAGAGUAAAUAUAGAGUCCUGUCAAUGGUAAUACAUGGAUCCUAGAAAUCGACCCAUUCUUCUCUUCUUUGUUGUUGGUUUUGGAGUCAUUGCAUUUUUACUGUAGAUUCAUGCAAAAAUCUGCAAGACUUCUUUUUUGAUACUCUUUUUGUCAAUUGAAGGUCAGAUAGUUAAUAAAAUUGCAUGCUGAUAGAUGAGAUUUAUAUUUUA